CGCGCAGUCCCGCAGACCGACCGCGCCGCCGAACCUUGGACCGGGACCGCGUUCAGUGCUGCCUCUGCCCGGAUGGAGCUGCGGGGUUCGCGACGCUCCUGACCCGGCUCGGUUUGACCUAACGGAACCAGAAGUUCGGUUCGGUUCGGUUGGGUCCUCCCCGUCCCGCCGCAGGCCGCCGUCUCCCAUGCGAUUCUUCAGACUCACAUUCAAGUGCUUCGUGGAUUGUUUUUGAAGGUCGCGGUUCGGCUGCGGUUUGGUUCGUUUUUCUCUUCAGUUCAACAUUUUCUUUUUUUUUUUUUUGACAGAAAAAAAAAUUCAAAAUUAUUUUUUAACACAUUUCGAUUUUCUGACCAUUUUUAAAUGUAACUAAAUAAACUGAAUUAAAAGAGAGCAGAGGGUCCGGACCGAACCGGACCCGCUCUGGUUCUGACUGGUCGGUGAGACUCUGACCUGGACCUGGACUGGGGCUGCUGGGGUGUUACUGGUUCUGACCCGGUGUCGGUUCUAAAGCAAGACUGGUUCUGAUCGCGUCUGAGUGGUUCUGAUUGGGUUUUACUGCUGGUUCUGAGUGGUUCUGAUUGGGUUCUGAUUGGUUCUGGUCGGGUUUGAGUGGUUCUGACUGGGUUCUGAUUGGUUCCGAUUGGGUUUUACUGCUGGUUCUGAUCGGGUCUGAGUGGUUCUGACUGAUACUCUGUGAGAGAAUCUAAGUGCUUGAGCACUGACAGAGACUGGACCUUCGAACCUGGACUGUUCUGACCCGGUUCUGUCUGAGAUGGAGAAACCGACCCGGCCCGCCUCGUCCUGCUCUGUGGUUCUGGUGGAGGAGACCAAGAGGAACCCGCUCCUCCUGUCCAACGGGUCCCUGGCCCCAGGAAGUGGUACCGCUCAGGAUAAAAGAGGGGGCGGGGCCAUCGGGACGGGUCCGGGGUACCAGGAGCGAGAGACUUGGACCCGGCAGAUGGACUUCAUCAUGUCCUGCGUGGGAUUCGCUGUCGGACUCGGGAACGUGUGGCGGUUCCCCUACCUGUGCUACAAGAACGGAGGAGGCGUCUUCCUGAUCCCGUACCUGCUGAUCGUUUUCGUGGGAGGAAUCCCAAUUUUCUUCCUGGAGAUCGCCCUGGGUCAGUUCAUGAAGGCCGGGAGCAUCAACGUGUGGAACAUCGCUCCACUGUUCAAAGGUCUGGGUUACGCCUCCAUGGUCAUCGUGUUUUUCUGCAACACUUACUACAUCAUGGUUCUGGCCUGGGGCUUCUACUACCUGAUCAAGUCCUUUAGCUCCGCCCUCCCCUGGUCCACCUGUGACAACGAAUGGAACACGCCCAACUGCCUGGAGACCUUCCACCACCUGCACUGCAGCAACGCCAGCCUGGCCAACGCCACCGUGGGCGGAGCCAACCUGACCUGCGCCGACCUGGCCGACGCCCGCUCGCCCAUCAUCGAGUUCUGGGAGAACAAAGUGCUGAACAUCUCGUCUGGACUGGACCAACCGGGUCGGAUCAACUGGGAGCUGAUGCUGUGUCUGAUGGCCGUCUGGGUUCUGGUUUACUUCUGCGUCUGGAAAGGAGUCAAGUCCACCGGAAGGUACCGCUCCCAAGACUGGGACCAGACUGGGACCGGACUGGAACUAGUGUUGGGACCAAGGAACCAGCUUCGACUCUCCAUGGACGGCAUCAAGCUUUAUGCCAAGAUUGAGCUCUCUGAUCCAACGAGCAACAAAAUGCCCCUCAGACUGGGUCAGUGUGGCACCGGGCAGCAGAUUGAUCUUCACCUGAGACUUUUGCUCGAGGAAGGCCUGGUUGAGCAGCAGAACCGAUCCAAACAGACAGUUUUAAUGUCUUUAACGGUUGCUGGUGAGUUCUGGGUUCAUGUUCUGCAGGUUCCAACCCUCACUCCGAUUCUGCCGGUUCUGUUUCAGAUUGUUUACUUCACGGCGACCUUUCCGUACGUGGUUCUCAUCAUCCUGCUGGUGCGAGGCGUCACGCUGCCGGGAGCGUACAACGGCAUCAUGUACUACAUCAAACCGGACUGGUCCAAACUGCAGGAGGCUCAGGUGUGGAUAGACGCCGGCACGCAGAUCUUCUUCUCCUACGCCAUUGGACUGGGAGCGCUGACCGCACUGGGAAGCUACAACCGCUUCAACAACGACUGCUACAAGGACGCCUUCGUCCUGGCGCUCAUCAACAGCGGCACCAGCUUCUUUUCUGGCUUUGUGGUUUUUUCCAUCCUGGGCUUCAUGGCAGCUGAGCAGGGAGUCGACGUCUCCCAGGUGGCUGAAUCAGGUCCGGGUCUCGCCUUCAUCGCGUAUCCAAAGGCGGUCAGUCUGAUGCCGGUGGCACCGCUCUGGGCGGCGCUCUUCUUCUUCAUGUUGCUGCUCCUUGGACUCGACAGUCAGUUUGUCGGGGUGGAGGGAUUCGUCACUGGGAUUCUGGACCUGUUUCCUGGGAAAUAUUACCACCGUUACAAACGUGAGAUCGCCGUGGCGAUAUGCUGUCUACUGUGCUUCAUCAUUGACCUCUCCAUGGUGACGCAGGGAGGGAUGUACGUCUUCCAGCUGUUUGAUUAUUACUCAGCCAGCGGCAUGACGCUGCUGUGGCAAUCCUUCUGGGAGUGUAUUGUAGUGGCCUGGGUCUACGGUGCGGACCGGUUCAUGGACGACGUGGCCCGUAUGAUCGGCUACCGGCCGUUCCCCUGGAUGAAGUGGUGCUGGUCGUUCAUCACGCCGUGCGUCUGCAUGGGCAUCUUCCUGUUCCACCUGGUGAACUACAAGCCGCUGACGUACAACACGGUGUACGUGUACCCGUGGUGGGGCGAGGUGAUCGGCUGGUGCCUGGCUCUGUCCUCCAUGCUCUGCAUCCCCGUCAGCCUCCUCUACAAGUUCUUCAGAGCCAAAGGAACCUUCAGAGAGCGUUGGGCCCACCUGACCAGUCCCGUGUGGGCCCACCACCUGGAGUACAUGGCCCCCGACAUCAGGCCCCUGAGUUCGCUGACGCCCGGUUCUGAUGACAACAAGGUCAUCAUCUUUGAGAGCGUCAUGUAGACCGGACCCGUCCGUCCCUCCCAAGACAAGAUGGCCGACCUCCACCCUCACCUCCCACCACUUUCUGCGCCAGGCAUCAUGAAUGAGCUGGACUCUGAUUGGUCCCCACAGCAACCAAAGCUUUUCCCAGGUUCCCCUGGGACUUCUGGUUCUGUUGGGUUCCGGUUCUCCUGAUUUAGGAUGAAAGGCGGAUCAUGACGAUCCCAAACAACUUGUCUUCCCGUGAGGGCCGGUUUGGUCUUGGGUUGGAUAGACGGUCAGCACAAACCUGAACCGGACAAACAGCCACGAUGGACUCGCUGUCAGGCAGAACCUCCAGAACCUUCAGAACCUUCAGCCGACAGAGUUUGUAUCAUUGCUGUUUGUCAAGACAGACAGAGUUCUAGACAGAAGCACCGACUGGUUCCCUUCGCGUUCCCUUCAGGUUCCGGGAUCAGAUUUUGUCUGUUCUCAUCUGAGUGCCAAAAGGUUCUGAUGUCCGAACCGGGCUACUGCCAGUGACCCGGUUGCUCUGCCUCGUCAACGCUGCGGUCCAGUUGGUUCUGCCCAUCUUUGUUGGGUUUCGUCCCGCUUCCUCUUUCCUUAGCAAAGGAUUAAAAUGCUUGACUGGUUCUGUCCACAAACCCAUCAGAACUGGUAACCGGGUCGAGAGGAGAGUGGUUUUGAUCCAAAUGUUGUCCAGAAACCUGAAGAGAGCCGACGGACUGACAGCGUUGCUGAGCAUUGCCUUAUGUUGACCUGUGACCUCCUGUUCGCUGUUGGUGGGCGUGUCUAAGACUCUGUCUCCCAGCAACCAGUUAGCAUCAAAAUGUGGGAAAACCAGAUCCGUUUGCACAUUGUUGUGAAAUCAUGAAAAAAAAAUCAGGUUUUGUUUCUGUAAAAUAAACAGAAAUGUAUUUUUGGAGGCUUUUAUUUUGGUGAAGAAAUUUCUAUAUUGAAUCUUUGAGCUAUAUUUGAUGCAGUAUUCACUGGGAUGAUGAUGAUGAUGAUGAUGAUGAUGAUGAUGAUGAUGAUGAUGAUGAUGAUUGUUCAUGUUCAGUUGGCAAAUCCACUGCUUCAGUCCUACCUCACUUCUCUUUCAGACCUUCAAAAUAAAACACCUGAGUUGUUUUUAGCUGA